CACGUGGGUUCGGUGGAGAAACGCGGGGCUGGGGAUCAUGGCGGGAGCCCCCGCAGGAGCCGAGGCUCCGCAGCCGCAGAAGCGUUACUAUCGGCAACGUGCUCACUCCAACCCCAUGGCGGACCAUACGCUGCGCUAGUGAGUGAGCCGGGCAGGGGGAAGAUAGGAGAGCGGCAUUCUCAGGACAGCCCGGAGCAGCCGCGGAGAGCGAUUGUGCUGGGACUGCAGGCAGGGUUAAAGAUAAACCCGGGAGGAUCUGCUGGGUGACGUCAGUUUGGGGGUCCUGUGAAGCCAGAGGAGAUGGAUUGGUCUGAGUUAUAUCCAGAGUUCUUCGCUCAAAAUCAGAGCCAUGAUGACCCAAAGGAUAAGAAAGAAAAGAGAGCUCAAGCCCAAGUGGAGUUUGCAGACAUAGGCUGUGGCUAUGGUGGCCUGUUAGUGGAACUGUCACCGCUGUUCCCAGACACGCUGAUUCUGGGUCUAGAGAUCCGGGUGAAGGUCUCAGACUAUGUGCAAGACCGAAUUCGGGCACUACGAGCAGCUCCUGGAGGCGGCUUCCAGAACAUCGCCUGUCUCCGUAGCAAUGCCAUGAAACACCUUCCUAACUUCUUCCGCAAGGGCCAGCUGACAAAGAUGUUCUUCCUCUUCCCUGACCCACAUUUCAAGCGGACGAAGCACAAGUGGCGAAUCAUCAGUCCUACACUGCUGGCAGAAUAUGCCUACGUGCUGAGAGUUGGGGGGCUGGUAUAUACCAUAACUGAUGUGCUAGAGCUACACAACUGGAUGUGCACCCAUUUCGAAGGACACCCACUAUUUGAGCGUGUGCCUCUGGAGGAGCUGAGUGAAGACCCCAUUGUGGGACAUCUGGGCACCUCAACCGAGGAAGGAAAGAAAGUUCUACGCAAUGGAGGGAAGAAUUUCCCAGCCAUCUUCCGAAGAAUACAAGAUCCCGCCCUCCAGCUGAGACUGCUGGGGCUGAGAGGCAACAAUCUCAAAGAAGUUGGAGAACUACCCAGCACAGAAUCCUGGUUUUCACAACUACCCCUGUCACUUCUCACCUUCCUGCCCCUCCACUGCCAGCACAAAGCAGAAGAAGCUGAUUGAGAAGGCCUGAAGACCUUGGACCAGAAGGGAUAUUUGAGAGGGUGUGGGGUCUUGCUCUCCCUUAAUAUUCCCAUCUCCCUCUAGGAUCUCUACUCAGCUGGAGUGAGGAAUGCAGUUCUCCACUGUCCAUCUAAACUGCCUGCAAGGCUCCAGUCACCUAUC